AUGCAGACUCCCGUAAUUGUAAUGAACACAAAUGUUGAACGAGAAACGGGUCGUAAGGCCCAAAUCUCGAAUGUAACAGCUGCAAAAACGGUAGCAGACAUUAUUCGAACUUGUCUUGGUCCGCGCUCAAUGCUUAAAAUGCUUCUUGACCCUAUGGGUGGAGUAGUGCUGACUAAUGACGGAAAUGCUAUCCUGAGAGAAGUCGAGGUGGCUCACCCGGCGGCAAAAAGCAUGAUCGAGCUUAGUCGGACGCAGGACGAAGAAGUUGGCGAUGGAACGACUAGUGUCAUUAUUUUGGCUGGUGAAGUUCUCGCACAAACACUUCCAUAUCUUGAAAGGAAUAUUCAUCCAAUAGUCAUAAUUUCCGCUUAUAAAAGGGCUCUUGAUGAUGCAAUCAAAAUCAUUGAUGAUAUUUCAAAGCCGGUAAAUAUUGAGAGCGAAGAGGAAAUGUUAAAUUUGGUGCAGAGUGCACUCGGAACAAAAUUUGUGAGUCGAUGGAGUGAUCUAAUGUGUAAAUUAGCAUUGGGCGCCGUGCGCACAGUUGCCAAAGAGGAAGACGGGAGACGAGAAGUUGAUAUAAAACGAUAUGCACGAGUUGAAAAGAUUCCUGGUGGUGAAAUCGAAGAUUCAAGGGUUUUGGAUGGAAUAAUGUUAAACAAGGACGUAACACAUCCGAAAAUGCGUCGUAAGAUUGAGAAUCCGCGUAUUGUGCUUUUAGACUGUCCUCUUGAAUAUAAAAAGGGCGAGUCACAAACUAAUGCAGAAAUUAUGGAUGAAAGUCAUUGGAAUCGGUUAUUGCAAAUUGAAGAGGAACAAAUCAAGGAAAUGUGCGAUAAAAUUAUAUCGGUGAAGCCUGAUUUGAUUUUCACGGAAAAGGGUGUUUCCGACCUUGCUCAGCAUUAUCUCUUGAAAGCAAAUAUCACUGCUCUUCGCAGAGUUCGCAAAACGGAUAACAAUCGUAUUGCACGUGCAAUUGGUGCUACGAUUGUUAAUCGAGUAGACGAUAUAAGAGAAUCGGAUGUGGGCACAAGAUGCGGCUUAUUUAACAUAGAAAAGAUUGGCGAUGAAUACUUCACCUUCCUCACAAAAUGCCAAAAUCCCAAAGCAUGCACAAUUCUUCUUCGAGGUCCAUCUAAAGAUAUUCUAAACGAGGUAGAACGCAAUCUUCAAGACGCAAUGAACGUCGCCAGGAAUGUAUUCUUUAAUCCAUCCUUGGCGCCAGGAGGUGGUGCUACCGAGAUGGCAGUUAGUGUUAAAUUAUCGGAAAAAGCAAAAACUUUGGAAGGAGUAGAGCAGUGGCCAUAUCGGGCUGUUGCCGAGUCUCUGGAAGUUAUACCGAGAACUUUGAUACAGAAUUGUGGUGGUAAUGCGAUUAAAGUGUUGACACAAUUGAGGGCAAAACACGCAACAGGAAAUCACUCAUGGGGUAUUGAUGGCCUCAGUGGCACAGUGGUUGAUAUGCACGAAUAUGGUAUUUGGGAACCAAAUGCGGUAAAAGUACAAACAAUAAAAACCGCAAUUGAGAGUGCUUCGUUACUUUUACGAGUGGACGACAUUGUAAGCGCGACAAGUAAAAAACGUGCUGGUGGUGCUGGUGGUGCUCCUGCACAAGCAGGUCCAGCAGAAUUAGAGGGUGAAGAUUCUUCCUCAAAAACCAAAUCAAAAACGAAAAGAAAUCCAUCAAGCAAAAGUUCUCGCAUAGCUUCAACACGGAGAAAAAAACUAACGAGAGUGAAAGAAGUAGUUCCGAGUCCAGAUAACCUGGAGGAGACUAAAGAUCAAACAUUAUCACCACAAACAAAUGCCGUGCCUUUAGAUCCUUCUCCACAAAUAAACCCUCAACCUUCUUCUCCUUCCACUCCAGCUUCCACACCUGCAAAACGAAAACCAGGCCGUCCUCGCUCUCAUGCUAACGGAGGUUCUAGUAGACAGCGAAGACAAGUAGGACUUGAGGAAGAACAGAAAACAGAUUCACCAGAAAAGUCAAACCAUGUCGAGGCAGAAAGUGAGAUUGAUGAAGAAGGCGAACUAAAAGUUACUAAGGAUGGUGAACUAUUAGGUGGCAGAAAAUAUAAGUUGCCAGUUUUUCAGCUUUCAACUCGCGGAAAUAUAUGGUUUAUGCUAUCUAUGGAUCCAGCAAAGUUAUUAGGCUUCCGUGAUAGUUAUCUCUUCUUUUUAAGAAAUCCUUCGUUAAAAAGAAUUUAUGCAACCGAUGCAGAACGUGAUGAGUUAAUUCAACGUGGGAUUUUGAUAACAAAUUUCCGUAAUCGACAAAUUGCACUGGUAUCUGCGCGUUCUACAUUCAAACUAUUUGGACAUCAAGUAAUUGAAGAUGGAAAAAGAGGCGUGGAUGAUUAUUCGGAAUCAACUCACAUAGUUGCAUUUGAAAAUCCAAUAAAAGAGAAUAGUGAGGAGUCGCCGUCAAACACUUUUCCUGAUAUAUUAUCGAAACGAGCCACCACAAGUGUGCCAGUGGUAAAAGUAAACGAGACUAAUUGGCUGCACGAAAGCGCAUUAUCAGUAAGGGAGUUCAAUGCACGAUUAAAAAUUCAUAGAAAAGAUAAAAUCCCUUUUUAUGAUAUUCAUACAAACACUGAACAAGUGCCUAAAGCUACUCAGCCUACUCGCAUUAGAAUUGAGAAAAUUGAGGUUCCUCCUCCUCGCUCAUCACUGUCAUUGUUAUCAUCAGAUCAAAGAGAAUCUGCGGUGGAAAAUGAAGUUCAAUUUGAAUACGAUAACUUGAAUAACAAUUUGAAAUCAAUUGAUAAAGAAGUUUUGGAUGUUGUUCCUCCAGAUAUUCGAAACAUUGUAAAUUUAUACCUAAAUCAAGAACCUUCAGAAGAGGAUGAAAAGUAUCCAUUGGCUUUAAUGGAUGCUCAAUAUCAACAUCGAACCCGUUUCAAUAAAAUUCUUCCUAAAAUUCCGCCAUUUUCACAAUCAAAUAAUUAUUCUAUGCCUGAUCCAUUACCAAUUAAUACAAAUUAUAACCAACAGCAUCAACGAUAUUACCAACAACCACAAUAUUAUCCUCAACAAUAUCAACAAAAUCCAUAUUAUCAAAAUUAUCAACAUCAACCACCACCUCCUCCUCUUCCACCUCAGUCCCAACAUUACAACUACUCAAUGCCACCAACUCGAGUCGGGCGGCAUGCUGAAUCGAGUCAAUAUACUCAUUAUAAAAGUACACCUCAAUUUCUAUGCGGUGUCCUUACAGCUAGUACAGGACAACCUUGCAGGCGUAGUGUUUCUUUUGAAGGUGAAAGAUGCCAAUUUCACAAGCAUCUGGUUGACACACCAAAUCGACAAAACAAUCACUAUAACAAUGUUACCCCAAGACCAAAUUCUUUCGUACCAGUGUCACAAGCGCCAACACCGCCUCCAUCUGUGCCUAGCACUUGUGUAUUUUGCCAAAAUACUACAUGUCCAGAAGAAAAAUCUUCUGGAGCAUCUUGUUCUUCAGAUCACAUGAUAAAAUGUUCCAAAUGUUUGCGUAGUUAUCAUCCAUUAUGCUUGGGACUGAAAACACCAAAGCUCAUUGUCGCUCUGGAAAGUUAUCCUUGGCAAUGUAAUGAUUGUAAAUUAUGUGUAGUAUGCCGAACUUCAGGUGAUGAAGCAUCAUUGCUAAUAUGUGAUGAUUGUGAUCGUGGCUGGCAUACUGGAUGUUGUAUACCGAUAGUGACGCACGUACCACAAGGGAAUUGGUUGUGCUCAAUAUGUGCACAAUGUCAUUCUUGUGAGAAAAAGGUGUCGUCUCUCAGUAAUGAUGAUGAUCCCAACAAAUUUAUUUCAGCGACAAUAUCUCCACAAUCUGAUCAGAUCAAGCAUUCUAUUUAUUUGGCUUCCUAUUGCACCAAAUGUUAUGAUAAUUUCAUUGCCGACCGAUUUUGUCCUCUUUGUUUAAAGACUUAUUCAGGCGAAGGAGACGAAAAUGAAGGUGAUGAUGACAAUGACAUGGUGUGUUGUGACCGAUGCGACCGGUGGAUACAUUGUGGCUGUGAUGAAAUACUUACUCCAAAAAAAUACCAAGAACUGGUCGAAGACGCAGACGCGAAUUAUCAAUGCCCUCUUUGUGAUAAUCGUAUUGUACCUUUUAAAAAUAUUAGCGAGGCACAAUUAGCUGCUUUAUCUGGCAAAGCAUCACCAGUAGCCACUCCGGUCGCGAAAAUUGCCGGAACCAAGGAAAUUCGUGGCAUUGUCGAAUAUAAGGAAAAAAAUAUUGGAGUUCCGCCAAUCAGCGGAUGGGGAACUGAAGAUGGAAGAGCAGGAUAG